AUCUAAUAACCUGUGAGAUAGCUGCUAUUGUUUUUCCAUUUAACUACUCUGGAAGCUGAGGCCCUGGGGGGUUAGGUAUAAUGACUUGUCCGAGGUGACAAAGACCCAGGCAGUUUUAACUGUACCCAGGGUUACUGCUUCUGUAGAGGGAAUGAAAGAAGUUUUAAUGAGAAAUUGUUUUCAUCAUUGUAUUGAGCUUAACUGAACUCUAGCUUACGCGGUUUUGAGCUGGUUGAUCGUUUCCAUCUCAAAAUUAUCUUAUUCCACAGAAUGCCAAAUGCCUCCUAUAGUAGAAUUUUGAGAUUCAGACUGGGAUGAGCAAUUGCUAAUGGAAUAAAUAAUAUGCAAAUGUAAAAUAAAGUUCAGAGAAAGGAACGUGGUGAUAGAAUGGUGAAGUAUUCCAAAGAUAAAAUAAGUGACUACAGAGAGAGAGAAAAUUAGUUAUUUAGUAGUAGUUCACAAGUUUACUUAGAGAUAUUUUUACUAGAAUUUCAGGGCCUUAUGAUGUGAUUUUUAUGAACCAUUUUAACACGUUACUGCUUUCUUAAAUAGCUGUUAUUACAUAUCCAAUUGCAGUCUUUUUUUUUUCCUGGUUGAGCAGUGUUACUGCUUCUGAAUGUCUGCAGUUAUUUGUGUCUAUAUGUUAGUAUCUUAACACUUUUGUGAAUUUUGUUGUGUAAGCUUUAAAUCCGGUACUGUUUUUCAAAAUGGAUAUGGAGUAGUCAUUGGAGAAAUUGAUUGAAUUCUUUGCAGUAGCAAAUAAAUUUUAAUCAUUUUUAAGUUUGAUAACCUUGGUAAACUGAAUUCUGAAACGUUUACACGUAUUUUAGGAUGUCCUCAAAAUGUACAGGGCAUUGUGUUUUGCAAAUGAGCCGUUUAGCCAUCAGAUUCUUCUGUAGAAUUUUGAUCUUUUUGCCCAUAUGAGAGGUAGUUCUUAUUUGUAUGGAGGUUAAGUACCUGCGGUUGGGAUGUGUUCAUUACCACUUUACAGUAUAAAUUUGAACUUGAAACUGAAAUGAAAACUUUUCCGUUAACCUGUCAGAGUUUUUAGUAGGCUCUUGUUACUGACCGCAUGUUAAUUCCCUUUGUUAGCUAUUCGCAGCUAAGUGUGGGGACUGAAAUCUUUAUUUUGUUUUCCUUCUUUUGAGCAGUUGAUAGUCUCUAGCAUCAGGAGGAGGUGACCUCAAAUAUAUAUAUGUAUAUAUAGUAGUGCUUUUCUUCCUUCCCUUUAGUUGUCUGCAGUUUAAAAAUUAUUGUGAUAAGUUUAUGUUGUACUUCCAAAAAUGUUGCCAAAGAGCCUAUAUUUUUCAGUUUGUUUUGGAAGAAAAACACUUUGUGGGCAAGAAGGUGAUUUAAAUUCCUGAGGGCCUAAGAGGCGUCAGCUGUGUAUGAAAUAGGCCAGUGCUGUUACUGCUUGAAACCAUGAUGGUUUAUAUUUGAAUAAGACAGCAGAGAUGAGCUUGUUGGGAGUUUGGCCUGAGAUUGCUAGCUAAGGAAUGCUUGCUUUUUUGCUUAAAGGGAAAUGUGUUUUAGGCAUCCAGAGUAAAAAGCUGAUAUUACUUGGUUUGAUUCUUCGACCACUAUGGUGAUAGGAAGUAGCUGAUCUCUGCAGGAAACUGCUGUUACCCGGCCUCAGCUGAAUUUUUGUGGGACCUCUUGAGGGGAUAAAAACAUUCAGAUGGCAGAUCACAGUUUUUCAGAUGGGGUGCCUUCAGAUUCCGUGGAAGCUGCUAAAAAUGCAAGUAACACAGAAAAGCUCACAGAUCAGGUGAUGCAGAAUCCUCGAGUUUUGGCAGCUUUACAGGAGCGACUUGACAAUGUCCCUCACACCCCUUCCAGCUACAUCGAAACUUUACCUAAAGCAGUAAAAAGAAGAAUUAAUGCAUUGAAACAACUUCAGGUGAGAUGUGCUCACAUAGAAGCCAAGUUCUAUGAAGAGGUACAUGACUUGGAAAGAAAGUAUGCAGCACUAUACCAGCCUCUCUUUGACAAGAGAAGAGAAUUUAUCACCGGUGAUGUUGAACCAACAGAUGCGGAAUCGGAAUGGCACAGUGAAAAUGAGGAGGAAGAGAAAUUGGCUGGAGACAUGAAAAAUAAAGUAGUCAUAACAGAAAAAGAAGCCGCAACAGCUGAAGAGCCAAAUCCCAAAGGAAUUCCAGAGUUCUGGUUUACCAUCUUUAGAAAUGUAGAUAUGCUAAGUGAAUUAGUCCAGGAAUAUGAUGAACCAAUCUUGAAACACCUGCAGGAUAUUAAAGUGAAAUUUUCUGACCCUGGACAGCCUAUGUCUUUUGUGUUAGAGUUCCACUUUGAACCCAACGACUACUUUACCAACUCAGUCUUGACAAAAACCUACAAGAUGAAAUCAGAACCAGAUAAGGCUGAUCCCUUUUCCUUUGAAGGUCCUGAGAUUGUGGAUUGUGAUGGGUGUACUAUUGACUGGAAGAAAGGAAAGAAUGUUACUGUCAAAACCAUCAAGAAAAAGCAGAAGCAUAAGGGUCGAGGCACUGUUAGAACAAUUACGAAACAAGUACCCAAUGAGUCCUUUUUCAACUUCUUCAAUCCAUUGAAAGCAUCCGGGGAUGGAGAAUCACUGGAUGAAGAUUCUGAAUUCACAUUAGCCUCUGAUUUUGAAAUUGGACACUUUUUCCGUGAGCGGAUAGUCCCGCGGGCUGUGCUGUACUUCACUGGGGAGGCCAUAGAGGAUGAUGACAAUUUUGAAGAAGGUGAAGAAGGAGAAGAGGAGGAAUUAGAAGGUGAUGAGGAGGGAGAAGACGAGGAUGAUGCGGAAAUUAACCCCAAGAAGGAACCCAGCCAGCCAGCGGAAUGCAAGCAGCAGUAGGAAGCGGAGGCGGGUGCCUGGCAGACCGGCUGUCGGGACUCCAGGCCUGUGGGCGGGGCCUCGGUCCUUGCCACAGCACAAUCCCGUGGACAGAGCUUACUCCAUCUAACUCGUUUUCAAGUGCAUGAUUUUCACUUUCACUUUUCCUUUUUCCUUAUUAUUUUGCUUAACUUGUACAGUGGCAACUGAAA